CAAAACUCUCCAGCCACUUAGUUUGCCUAAUUGAACACAUCAAGUCGAGUGGGGAUCUUCAUGCCAACAUAUUCCUAUACACAGACGUCUUGUACCUCCAUAUGGUUACAUCCAUGUCACAAUCGUUGAGAUCAUAUUCAUUAUAUAAGCCCAGUCCAUGCCCAGCGUCGGGUUUUGGCGUGGGAACAGUAUUUUGCUUCAAAGCAAUAGCUCAAGUCCGCUUUAACCACCCACCAGUUAGGAUGGCAAGGUGUGUAUAAUUUAGGAACGGUUAGGGGAUAAAUGUUCCCAAAACGCUAAUUUGGGGUCUCCACUUACCGCCCUGUCCACCGAACUUGUAACAAUCCCCGCACUUGACGAUAUUAGCAGUCUCCCGCGAGGCUGACUCCUCAUCAUCAACGGAUAUUUGUAUUAUAAAUACGAGAAGAUUCUGCCAGCAUGGAAUUCCUCGAGUCUGUCACCUUCAUGUCCCUUGUGACGGACCUGCAGAGGCAGAAUCACAUCCCUGGUCUGUCCAUUGCUAUCGUCCACAAUAAUGAGAUUGCCUCGAAAGGCUAUGGAAUGGCCAAUUACGAAGACAACACGUCUUGUACUGGAGACACGCUUUUUGAUAUCGCCUCAUGUUCGAAAUCUCUGACUGCUGCCUCUGUGGCGUUGCUCGUGGAUGACAAGAAGCACCCCGAAGUACAAUACGACGCGCUGAUGUCUGAUCUCCUGCCGGACGAUUUUGUCAUGCCAGAGAAGAGUUAUACUGACGAUGUCACUGUUGAAGACAUUCUGAGUCACAGAACAGGUAUGGCUAGAUAACGCCAGGUCCAUCACAAGGAACCUCCGAAACCUCAAAGUUGCCGCCCCUCUGCGCUCACGAUACCUAUACUGCAACCAGAUGUUUACCGUGGCCACACAUCUUGUCGAGGAGACGUCCAAGAAAAGCUUCUCUGAUUUCUUGGAUGAGCGCAUCUUUGCGCCACUUAAUAUGAACUCAACAACACUGCAGCCCGCAAGCGCUCACGCCAAGGGCUGGGGGGAUCGAAUGGCAAAGGGUUACAUCUGGGAAAACAACGCGUGGCGCGGAUUCCAUCCCCAGAACUGCCCCGAAGGUCAAGGAGCGGGUUCCGUCAUUUCAAGUGCAAAGGAUCUCAUCAAAUGGGUUAAAGCGUUGCUAUAUCAUGAAGGUCCCAUCAAUGACAGGGUUUACCAAGGUCUUACCAAGAUGCGCUCUAUCGUGAACCCGAAUGCGAGGAGAUUGAAGGCACAUACCACGCCAGCUAUUUAUACCGCUGGUAUGGAGAUGUACUUCUAUCGUGGGAAUAUGGUUAUCGGCCACGAUGGUAGCAUUCCGGGUUUUUCGAGUCGUUUCAUGUUCAUGCCUAACUCGAACUUUGGUGCCGUCGUUUUAGGGAAUUCCGCUGGAGCUGGCGGUGCAGCCACGGCGAUCAUGAGGGCGCUGAUGGACGAGGUUCUUGGAGUCCCUAUUGAAGAACGUCCGUCACAAAACAACAAUAAACGAAGAGACAUUGAGCCGAAGAAGGACCUUGCAAUUCAAACCAAGGUGCCGCACCAGGACCAGAAAGAGCAUCAGCUCAAAGAUCGAUAUCCAGGGCUAUCCAAAGAGCAACCAUCGGAAGACGCCCAAGCUGAACCCAAGGAUGAGCCACAAGGCCAUACCUCGAACGAUGGCCAGACUAAAAAAACGGCUAAGAAAGAGAAGAACAAGGGAACACAGCAGCCACAAAGGCAAAAGAAGCAGGGAGGAAAGCUAAAGAAGCGCGACAGAUCGCUUCCGCCUCAGGAAACGCCUCCAGAAGCCUAUGUGGGCAGAUACUGGAACGCAGGCUAUCACACCAUGAUGGUCCAAAUUAAAGACGACCGGCUUUUCAUCGAUGCCACGGAUCGUUCGAUGGGUUUCACUAUGACAUUCGAGCAUGUUAAGGAUCAGACUAAGUACAUUGCACAUUUGAAGGACGAUAUCGAACUUACAGACGACCCGGUUGAUGCGGAAUUUGUGUUUGAAGAUGGCAAAGCUGUGAAGAUGGGACUGGAUCUGGAGCCGGCUAUUAAAGACAUGAUAUGGUUUACACGACACAAUGAUGGCUGUAAAUAAUAUAGACAUGACAAGAUGUCUUAGACAGCCUUUGGAAUUCCUCACAUAACUUGGGCUUUUCUAAUUGCCGGUGGUGGUCCUCGUUGAUAGAGCAGCAUCUGUGUGCUACAAUCUCCAUUCUUACGAAUUGUGAGACCUGCGGUUACCGGGGCCGCGCAGGUUAGGCUGGCACUGUUUGGGUAUGCGCGGAUACGAACUAGCAUGACUACGUGCGCCUGAAGAUACGCGUAGAGGUAUAUGUAAGUGUGCGUAUGAAGGGGAAACGUGCGUAUACCCC